CCACACACACGUGAUGCAGUCUCACAGUCCUCAGCCUUCACUGCCCAAAUUGACGACUUUGUCUCUGCUUGAAGUAAUUGCUUAUACUACUACUUUUUUCUCAGAAAAGAGAUCUCAUUGUUCUUGAAAAAAUCACAAAUUGGACAGCUAAGGAGAUCCCAGGUUUCAGCAUUUUCCAUUUCAUGCAAUGGUUAAAUCACCAAUGAGCAGAAAACUCACAAGAAAUGGUGGCCUAUUAUAUCCAGUAAUUGGUUUAGCAUUAUUUGUCACUUUUCUUUAUUUUUCAUUUGGAGAUUUAUUGUGGUUCAGUUACAACAAAGAAAUAGAGCUAAGUUUUGUGGAGAGAAAUGGGACUCAAUUCUUUGUUGAUGGUAAAGUUUUUUACAUAAAUGGUUGGAAUUCUUAUUGGUUAAUGGAUCAUGCUGUGGAUUAUAGUAAAAGAUCAAGAAUUAGAGGAAUUUUACAAGCUGGUGCUAAGAUGGGACUCACUGUAUGUAGAACUUGGGCUUUUAAUGAUGGUGGAUAUAAUGCCCUGCAGAUUUCUCCUGGUAGAUUUGAUGAAAGAGUUUUUAGAGCAUUGGAUCAUGUUAUUGCAGAAGCGAGAAAGAACGGUAUUAGGCUAAUGCUUAGCUUGGUUAACAAUCUGAAUGCAUUUGGUGGGAAGACUCAGUAUGUAAAAUGGGCAGAGAAAGAAGGUGUUGCUUUAAGUUCUUCCAAUGAUUCAUUCUUCUAUGACCCUACCAUUCGUCGUUAUUUCAAACAUUAUGUCAAGACGGUGCUAACAAGGAGAAACUUAUACACUGGGAUUGAGUACAGGGACGAUCCAACUAUCUUUGCUUGGGAGUUAAUAAACGAGCCCCGCUGCAUGACCGAUCCUUCUGGUGACACACUCCAAGAUUGGAUAGAAGAGAUGUCAACAUUUGUGAAAUCAAUAGAUAGGAAACAUCUGCUUACAGUAGGCCUAGAAGGAUUCUACGGUCGUAAAAGUCCCAAAAAAUCAACUGGCAAUCCAGAGUUUUGGGCUGCUGAUCUUGGAUCAGAUUUCAUCCGCAACUCCAUGCUUUCGACGAUUGAUUUCGCCUCUGUACAUAUAUACCCAGACCAUUGGUAAACUUUUUAUCAUACUCAACUUUAUUAAUUUGUGACAAAUACAAAUAGGAAAUGAGAAAGAAAAAGGUAUAACUUGAAAGAGGAAGUUCUUGAUCAAAUUUAGCCACUCAGAACAUUUUCCCUCUUUGUUUACCGAAACAGCCUCUUGCAGAAAUAC